UAUAUAAUAGGCUUUGGCAUGAUGGUAUACAUUUGAACAUCCAUUGCUUCGGGUGUCUUGAGCUAUUGUGCUCGCUCGGUCAUUGGCUUAGAUUGAUCCUUCUUGCGGCUUCUAAUAGUCGCCCGAGGAGAUGAGAGAAGUAUUGGCAAGGUUUAAGACUUCCGUCACCUACAGUUCUAAUGUUACUCCAAAAACCCGGAAAAUGUGAAGAAUUUCCCUAGCCUUACUGCAACACCGAAGUGAAUUUGACAUAUGGAUUACUGCAAUGUUAUUCAAAUUAAAUAGUAUACAAUGUAUAUUGGUGUCUAAAUCAACGUGCUCUAGAUCACCAGAAUUAUAGACCCAGUCGUGGACAUGUAAAAGACGGUACAGAGAAAAGCCAUUUUUAUGAUUGCUGCUACAAGCAGAGAUAAAAGUAUUUUCAAAGUUAAAUUGUCGGUGUUCAUACUUUCUUUACAUAGAUUUAACGGAAACACCUUGGAAUAAAGGAUUCAAACAAUAAUCUUCUAAAUAAUUAGCAAUAAACUCUGAUGCUACUAGUGAAACGUUUGUGAACUAGUGAAACGUAGUCAGUGAACUGACUGAGACCAUUCAAGUGGAGUAAUUUUCUGACAGCCAUGUACAAUAAGACAUUUAGCUGAAGGAUUGAAGCUAUAUCACAUCCUAGCCCACAUCGAUAACGAGGGAUUGCGGAGGCGAAGGUUUUGAACCCGGGACCAUCGAAACGACAGGCACGACAAGCUCAUGAAAUAGUCAAAAUUAUUGGAACUAUUGUCUCUGGGAGAGAUUCCACAAAGAGAACGGGGAAACACACACUACAAGAUGUCAUUUGUUCCAUGGAAACAUUGAAAUAUAAUACAAGAUAAUGUGAUACAAACUUUCAUGGUACAACUCAACUAGUUGAUACUUUGUUUUGCAAGAGAUAAGACCUUGCUUCAUGCAGCGGCUAGACACGUAGAGGACAUGGCUCUCACGGGGUGACGUCUGUGGGCCACCAUGCAGAAGACGAUCCAGGUUAUCAUGCCACUCGACAACAGCUACCACUGGAAUAACGUCAGCUACGACCCGCAUCAGUACUCCAGGCAGAACGACCACCAGAUCAGAGACCAGGAUGGUGGGGUCCAACCCAGCGAGGCUGCCGAAGUGUCCACCUCAGUUACGAUGUUGAAGAACGAGACAGAGUACAAAGUGGCGGAAAUCAUCUGGCAGGUAUGUCCCGUUCUACUUUUUAUCUUUGGCACUUUGGGAAACGUCUUAAUUAUUAUGAUGAUGAGGACACUGCGACUUGGGAGGACAUCUAUGCACAUUUACCUUCGAGCAUUGGCCAUCUCCGACAUGUGUGUCUUAUACAGCGGCCUGCUUCGUCAGUGGAUAGUUUACACAUUCGAUGUGGACCUGAGGAACCUGAACGAUAUCGUCUGCAAGAUCCAUACGUGGAUGGUGUACGUCUCCAUCUACUCGUCUGCUUGGCUGUUGGUCGUCAUGACCCUGGAACGCACCUGCUCGGCCUGCCUUCCGCAUCGGGUCAGCACGUUCUGCACGAAGCGCCGGGCUUUCAUCGUCAUUCUCUUUAUCGUGCUGUUCCAGGCGGUGAUGCAGGGACACUUUCUGGUUGGGCUAAGUGUCUCCGUGUCCGAUGAUGGCAAAAAUGAAACUGCUUGCCGACCUUGCUAUGGUAGGUAUGACUCAUUUGUGCAUAGCAUCUACCCGGUCAUAGACAUGGUUCUUCUCUCCCUUCUGCCCUUUAUCUUCGUCAUUGUCGGCAACGCCGUCAUCGUAUGGAAAACGUUUCUUUCUCUCAAAACAGCGGCGGAGCUGAACUUGACGUCCGGGAAGAACGCCCUGCUCAGAAGGCGCCGCGCCUCCUCCAUGACAAUAAUACUACUAGGGCUCAGCGCCAUAUUUCUGUUGACCACUUCGCCGACCUGCGUCUACAACAUCUGGGAGCUGAGCGGAGGGUUAGAAAAAAUAAAGAAUUCCUCCAAGCUGGCUUCUAAGGCGGAGCUCGCCUGGGCGUUGGUCAACAUUAUCAUGUACUGCAACAACACCUUCAACUUCUAUCUCUACUGCCUUAGCGGAAGAAAGUUUCGGAACGAAUUGCAUAGGCAGUUUUCAAAGCGCCGGACGGACUCACAGUCUAACGCUAUGUCCGCGCCUUCCAUUCAGAUUCAUCGGUUCCACCAGAACGAUUCCAAGUCCAAGUCUUUGCCCGAGCACCCAAACGGUCUGACUCGUCAGCUGAGCUAUCAAUCUUCCAUCUAUGGACGAACUAGUAAUGCAUAUUUGUGAUAAGUGCUUGCUCCUUGGCGAGAAUUCAAUGUUACAUUCUGAAGUCUGUUUCCAAUUGUGUGCGCCAUUGUCUAUAUGCUAUUAAACUUGUACUUAAGGCGCCUUUUUACACCUACAUUUUAAAUGGAACCACUCAUUAAAAUGUUUGGAAAUAACUUCCAGCAAAGAACUCAGACUUCGUAGUAUACUUAGCAGAACUCUCAAUUCAACUUAAGUUUAAUACGAUGAAAAAAGGUACUUAUUAGUACUUAAUGAUGCUAAUUAUAUUGCUUACUAUACAUACUAUUAUGUUGAGGUUUGAUACUAUUUCCAGCACUCUAAAAAUCUUCCACAAUCAUCAAAUAUCAUUUCUUAAUGCUCAAAAAAGUUAUUUCAAUCGAAAAUGUGUAUUUUGUAAAUAUAUUUUUUAUAAUAACUUUAUCAAAGAUCAUGUUUUGUUGCUUAAUGUUUUAAAAAUAAACUUUUCGUGGGGUU